AUGGUGUUUGCUAUAUAUACACUGGCAAUGACGAGCGUAUCGUCAUCCGAGUGCAGCAGUAUCUUUUCCGAGUCCCGCAGCAGCCUCCUGGAACGCUAUCGAAUCGCAGCGUUGCGGGCUCUCGUGCUAGCCGACAUCUUCACAACCAGAGACUUUGAGGUCCUGCAGGCCCUCGUGCUCUACCUCUUCUCCGACACGGAUUCGAAGCUCUCCCUUAGCCUCAUCGCCAUCGCCAGCAGGAUUGCCCAGUGCAUAGGCCUCCCACCGACGACCGACGACCCGAGCAUAACGGUUUUCGAGACCGAGAUGCGUGUGCGCCUGUGGUGGCAGUUCCGCGGCCUCGAGAUAUGCAGCGUCUCGCUACUUAUCCCACAUGCCAAGCCACCCUUCACGGACCACACUGGUAUUCGGGCGCCUCUCAACGUCAACGAUGCCGAUCUGCAUCCCGCCAUGGCCGAGUUGCCCGUCGCCCAGCCCGGUCCUACCGAGAUGCUGUUUCCGCUCAUCAAGUUCGAGGCAAUACAGUGGAUCCAGACAUCGUUGAGAGGGAAGAGGCUCUUCCAAAGCCUCCACCCCACCGCUUCUAUCAAGAGGCUGACUACUGGAGAGUUGAACGAAACCAUUGACGACCUACAGAGGCACAUCGAUGCCAGGUUCACAAGGUUCCUCGACGACCGCAUCCCCCUGCACUUCCUGGCACUGAACCUGAUCAGGUCAUUUUUUUCCAAUAUGCGACUCAAGGCGAACCAUCCCCGCAAACGUCUUGAACCGAAGUCUUCGGGGGGGGACUCCGUUGACCCUCACGAGGUAGACCAGGAAGAACUGGAUGCCUGGUUUGAUUCGGCCCUGCAAGUUCUCGAGUCUAGAGCCGCCAUCUCCCAGACUGUCUUUAGCAGUCGUCUCUACGCCCACAUGGCUGGUAGGCUGGACAUGGAUGCCCUAAUCUACGUACUCAGCGACCUCAGACAACCACAGAGGCUCGGUGCCAAGGCCGACAAGGCGUGGAAGCUCGUCGGACAGAUCUACUCUACGUGCCAGGGGUCGACUUUCGGCUCAGACAGCAGCUUCUGCGUCGCGAUGGGUGACCUGGUACUCGAGGCUUGGAAUGCGCGGGUCCAGGAGCCGAGAAUAACUCAGGACAUCGAGGUCCCCCCGUAUAUCCAGACACUGCAGGCUGCUAGAGCUACGAGAGAAGGUGGUGAACGGCAUAGCUUGGACGAACUGGUGAGGCCGGAAAUGAUUGAUUGGGAUGAUGCGUACUGGGGGACACUCUACAACGUAACAGGGGUGAACUUCCUGUAA